AUGUACAUUAGUGACGAAGGCUUACAUAAAAUAAGACUGGCCGAUCUUGGAAAUAAUAAUAUUAACACAUUAACCAGUAAUUCCUACAGUCCAACAUUUAUAACAUUAGAUAGUGUAAACAGUAGAGUGCUAUUCACUGAUCCUGAAGAUUAUAGUGUUCGUUAUUUCAGCUUAUCAUCUCCAUCAACCGUAACACCUGUCAGUGCUUCGACAAAUACUGUUUCUGGUAUCACAGUUUCGACAGCUGGAGAAUAUUAUUUCGCAGAUGGAUCCAGCAAAGUCAUAAAACUUACUUUACCAAAUACGAAAAGUAAUUAUGUAACUGGAUUGAGUAAUCCUCAAGGAUUAUUUUGGAGAUCUAAUGAACUGUUCAUUGUAGAUGCUGAUAGUACAACUCCUAAAAUUAAGAAGUAUGAUGGAACAACUCUUACAGAUAUUGCUGGAGGUGGAUCUUCUGGUUGUGCGAAUGAUAUUGAGGCAACAAGUUGCAAAUUAUCAAGCUCCAUCUCAGGUAUUUACGUCACCAACAAGAAUGAAAUUUACAUCACUGAAGCCAGAAGUUCACCUAAUGGAAAUAUCAAGAAAAUUUAUCCAUAUUGUGAUAGUGGUUAUCAAUUAUCUUCUGAUGGAAAAACAUGUGAUCCUAUUUGUUAUUCUAAAGUAGGAGAUGCUGCCUGUGGAGGACCAACUCAAGGAACUUGUAGUGCUCCUGAUACUUGUCAAUGUACCACCAAUUAUUUUGGAAAUGAAUGUGGCUCACCAAAGUGUUAUGGAAAAACCUCCAACGCUUGUAACAAUCAAGGUACUUGUACUGCAGUUGAUACUUGUAUGAUAUUAUCAAUUAAUCAUAUUGAAUCAGUGUAUUAA